AUGUUGGUUCCUGUUAUUAUUUCACUCCUAUGCAGUAUAAUCUGCAGCCAUGCUGUAGAGGUGAACGUUGGCCAAUCCGUUUCUAUUGAUACGCUCAAGCAGAACCAGCCAAAUACACAUGAGGUGUACGUCGGCGGCUACAAGACUUUUGGAUUUGAACCCAAUCGCCUAAAUGCCAACAUUGGAGAUCUCGUGAUCUUCAAGUUUCACGGGUUGAACCACACUUUGACAGAGUCAAGCCUGGACAAUCCCUGCAAACCACUGCAGCAAUUUGACUCUGGCUUUCAUCAAUUCAAUCCAUCAAAUCGUUCGGGGUUGAUGAUUUCAUUCGUGGUCAAUUCGCUAGAACCCCGCUGGUUCUUUUGCCGGCAGAUCGAUCCCACAUCCCACUGCCAUGCUGGGAUGGUGUUUGCUCUUAAUCCUGGAGAUCACAUGGGGGAAUUCUUAAUCAAUGCUAAGGGAGAGCAAAAGGUGGUCACCACUGUCAUCACACGGUCAACCACAUCAUGGAUUACUGCGGCAACUGUUGGGGCGACGACAGGGCCGCCACCUCUCCCAGCCACCUGUCACUGUUCUCCCACCUGGGCUCUUUCAGGGAGCUGGCAUCGCUCAAUGGCCGUCAGUAGUGGAACCGGACCUUGGCCAACUGCAACUGCGUCUGCCUUCUCAAUGCCCCGAUCUAUCCCCUCACUGCCCUUCACAUCUGGUACUGAGAAAGUUCUGCUUAUUUCCUUCCCUCUCCAAAUUUUGCUUGGUCUAGCUGUUACGUUUUAUCAGCUACUUUGA